AUGGUCAAAUCCAGGUAUAAUUAUUCUAGAUGGGGGACGUGCUGCACAUUGGUCUAUCCGGCCAGCUCUUCUCCUGCCACAGCAACGAAACGUGCAAAACCACACGUCGACCCCAAACCUCGACUCCAGACGAAAUCCGGUUUUCUUAUAGACGAUGACUCCGACGAUGAGGAUUUAUUGCAAGAACUUGCGGCCAAGAGACGACUUAUUAGCAGUCCCACCGAACCUCCAAUUACGGAAUACACCGAGCCAUCUUCACCUCCAUCUACGAACCCGAAUGUUACGGUUAAGGAGGUCGCCGAGUCGCUUUCGACUCCAACAACGCAACAAACCAAUGACGAGAGCGAGACCCAACCAUCCAUAACGACCUCGUUUUUCAGCUCAAGCAACUUUGCCUCGAUAUUCGACCGAAUUCCUUCUCGCCAAGCGAAAAGCAACUUGAAGAUUACGACCUGUUCGGGCAAUACAGUUGACAUUAAGCAACGGAAAACGAAUACCAGUGCGACCUACGAGCAGAUGGUUGCAGCCCGGUCGAAGACGAAGGAAGGACGAGCCAAGAAGAGUUACUAUGGAAUUGAAAUCCAUAAGCUAAUCGAAAACGCUUCUAAGGAGCUUAGAAGCGAACCUCCAGCCGCGGAUCCCGUUCCCGAUGAACCAAUGCCUUCCGUCGAAGCUCCCAAGAAACCAAAGAAGUCGCUCCUAUGGACCGAGAAAUACCGAGCUAGGAAUUUCAUGGACCUAGUUGGAGACGACCUAACAAAUCGACAGGUUCUACGGUGGUUGAAGAGAUGGGAUCCCGUUGUCUUCCCGGGAGUAUCGAAACCGAAAUUAUCCACAAGGAGGCCGGGAGGGAAGGCAGAGGCCGAGGAGGAAAAGCCGCACCGAAAUAUUCUUAUGCUUACCGGUCCUCCUGGAUUGGGCAAGACUACACUUGCUCACGUCUGUGCCAAGCAAGCCGGUUACGAAGUAAUGGAGAUCAACGCAAGCGAUGAUCGUAGCCGAGAUGUCGUGAAGAACCGAAUUCGCACUAGUUUAGGUACGGAAAACGUCAAGACGGUGCAACAGAAUAAGCCACAGGACACGAAAAAACAGAAAGUCGUUCGACCUGUGUGCGUGGUAGUCGACGAAGUCGAUGGUGUUGUAACAGGCUCGGGUGGUUCCGGGGAAGGUGGUUUUAUCAAAGCUCUAAUAGACUUGAUUACAACUGGGGAGAAGAACGCCUCGGGGCCACAAGAAACCGCCCAACAACACGGGCGGCGCAAAAAGAAGGGUGAUGACUUUCGCCAGAUGCGGCCACUUAUCCUAAUUUGCAAUGAUGUCUACCACCCGUCGCUGAGGCCCUUGCGCCAAUCGAAUCUAGCAGAAAUUAUCCACGUUGGAAAACCUACAAUCGAUGCAGUCGUGACGCGUCUCAAGACUGUUUUCGAGAAGGAAGGAAUUCCAUGCGAAAAAGAUGCUGCGCGUAAACUAUGUGAGGCUGCUUGGGGUAUGAGUGGCGGCAUAGACGCGAAAAGAGGCGCCGAGAGCACAGCUGAGGGAGACUUGCGAGGUGUCAUGGUCGUGGGUGAAUGGGUUGCCGGCCGAGUCAAGUCGGCGUUCCUCAAGAGCCCACCAUCCUUGACGCGACAGUGGGUUGAGCAGAAUAUUGUUCGUGAUCUAUCUCAUGGUGGCGGUGGUGCAAGAGGCGUGGGACGGGGUAAUGUAAAGGAUAUCGUCACACGUAUCUUCCAAGACGGAGCUGGGUUCCCGAAACCUAACGUGCUUGUUACGGCCCCGGUAUCGAAGUUCCAGAAUGAGCAGCCCCAAGCACAGCUUGGAUUUUCGGAACAACAGAAAAAGUACGGUAUGGAGCGUCUGAGGGAGAUGAUCGAUACAAGUGGUGACGUGGAUAGGGUAAUGAUUGAGGUCUUCCUUGACUACCCGAACCAUGAGUUCAACGACGAUUCUUUCUUAUCCAAGCCAGAUUCCGCUUACGAGUGGAUGCAUUUCCAUGAUACCUGUUCGUCAAGGUUAUUCGGGAGCCAAGAUUGGGAGUUAGCCCCAUAUCUUUGUCAGCCGAUCCUCGCAUGCCAUCACUUGUUUGCAUCGCCCAUUCGGCGCGCGACUAUGGCAUAUGAGCGGAAAUGGGGUGGUGAUGCUGAGGAUGAGGGCCCACCACUUCCUUUUUCAGGCCCAAGGGCAGACUUCGUCGCGCGCGAGACUGAAAAGGAGAAUCGGGCUAUGCUCCAGGCUAUGCAAACCCAAUUACCGCCAACGCUUAUGCGAGCAUUCCGCAGCGCGGAGGAUAUCGCAACAGAUUUCCUUCCAUACCUUAUUCGUUUAGUCUCUCCAGACGUGAAACCCGUUGUCGUUGGGGGCAGUGGCGACCAACGAGGUACAGCGAGCGUCCGGAAAGAUACGGAAAAGGAAAUGGUGAAGCGAGCUGCUGAUGUCCUGGCUGAGGUUGGCAUCGAACUUCAGAAAGGGAAGAUCGAGAACGAGUCCCCAUUUAGCAGGGGACCGCAAUGGGUUUACCGUUUGGAGCCCGAUCUCGAUCACCUUUCAACAUUCGAAACUUCGGCAGCGGUCAUUCAUGGCACGCAGGCACCAACGCGCUAUGCCGUCCGACAAGUGUUGGAUCAAGAACUGCACAAAGCUAAAUUACAACGCGAGAAGUUGGCGCGGCAGGCACGCUUCCUGGGUGGUAAUCCGCAUACUGCGACUCUAGAUGAGUCCAUUUUUGACGAUAACAAGGAGAAUAAGGCUGCGAAAGUGCCGGAAUUACCCAUACUCGGAGUGAAGAAGGAUUUCUUCGGGCGUGUUAUAGAGAACACCGAAUCUCGCGCACUAAAAGAGACGAACGGCAAUAGACCUAAGAGCAAAGCCGGGGAUGCACCUCUUGGGAAAGGCGAGACCAAGGUCUGGGUUACGUUCCAUGAAGGCUUCAGUAAUGCGGUUCGGAAGCCGAUUACGCUGGAUGAAUUACUUAGGGGCUUGUAA